AUGACUUGGCCCGAUGUUUCUGUUGCGCCCGCCCCGGGCAUCUCCUACUUCACGCCUGCGCAGUCGCCCCCUGCUGGCACCGCCCGCGACCCUCAAACCAGCGGCAAGCCCAUUCCGACGCUCUUCAAGCCCCUGACUAUCCGUGGCCACACCUUCCAGAACCGCCUGGGCGUGGCUCCCAUGUGCCAGUACAGCGCCGAAGAUGGCCAUAUGACCGCCUGGCACAUCGCCCACUACGGCGGCAUUGCUCAGCGUGGCCCCGGUAUGAUCAUCAUCGAGGCCACUGGUGUUGUCCCGGAGGGCCGCAUUACCCCUGGCUGUGUGGGUCUGUGGAAGGACUCCCAGAUCGCACCGCUGAAGCAGGUCGUCGAGUUCGCCCACAGCCAGGGCCAGAAGAUUGGUAUCCAGCUGGCUCAUGCUGGCCGCAAGGCCUCCACGGUUCCUCCGUGGUUGGGGGGUGUGACCGCGACCAACGCGGUGGGUGGCUGGACGGAGAAUGUCAAGGCCCCGAGUGCUAUCCCCUUCGCCGAGGGUGACAUUGUUCCCAGGGCUAUGACCAAGGAGGACAUUCAAGAGGUGAAGGAUGCCUGGGUGGCCGCGGUCGAGCGUGCUGUCGCUGCUGGUGUCGACUUUAUUGAAAUUCACAACGCCCAUGGCUAUCUGCUGUCAUCCUUCCUCAGCCCCUCGUCCAACCAGCGCACCGACGAGUAUGGUGGUAGCUUCGAGAAUCGCAUUCGUUUGUCCUUGGAGAUAUCUCAGUUGACUCGUGACACUGUAGGCCCGAAUAUGCCGGUCUUCCUGCGUGUCUCUGCCACCGACUGGCUGGAGACCAGCCUGCCCGAGGAGAAGGGGUGGAAGCUGGAGGACACGGUUGAGUUUGCCCGGGCUCUUGCCAACCAGGGGGCCAUCGACCUGAUCGACGUCAGCACUGGUGGUGUGCAUGCCGCUCAGAAAGUGACGUCGGGCGUUGGCUUCCAGGUGCCCUUCGCUAAGGCUGUCAAGGCGGCCAUUGGCAACAAGAUGCUGGUCUCCGCCGUGGGCACCAUCAACGACGGUACUCUGGCUGAGAAGAUCCUCAACGAAGACGACAUAGAUCUUAUCCUGGUCGGCCGGGCCUUCCAACGUGAUAGUGGUCUGGCCUGGGCCUUUGCCAAGGACUUGGACGUGGAGAUCGCCAUGGCGGCUCAGAUCCGCUGGGGCUUCACCAGCUUCCGCAAUGCGUCGGAGUACAUCCAGCCGAACUCGAUCAAGGCGUCCAUCUUUGACUAG